CAAAAAAAAGAAAUACGAAUAAUAUUUAAAGUGAUUUAAUGAUGAUAAUAUUACUUUAAAUAUACAAAUCAGAAUGUUUGGUUUUUUCAUAUUAACCAUUUUUUGUACAACAGGUUUUGUUUCUUCAAUUAAUCAACCUGAGUUGAAAUUUGGUUAUAAAGAUGUUGCAUGUAACCUUUUGGAAUUGGCACAAGAAAAAAGCUUGCAAAUUAUGAAAGAAGAACAAUUCAUCGGAAAUGUGGUUGAAUAUCUGGUGUCAAUAACAUGUGACAAUGUAAAGGAAUUAAACAAAAGACUUCAGUGCAAAACUUCAAUGGCGACUGAAGCAAGAAUACUUGUACAAGAUUUCAUUGAAUUCAUAGAAUCAUACCGUUUGAAAACAAUGUUGAAUUGGUGUCAGCCUACAUUAGAAAGACCUCAAUAUGGUAAUUCCAGCUUUUUGUGUUCAACAUGUGAAAUGGCUGUAGCAUAUUUGAAAACUUUCAGUAAAUCUGAAGAAGCAAAAGCAAUUGUGCAUCAAGCUGUUGAUAAAAUUUGUUCACUAACUGGAUCUUUUCAAGUUCAGUGUUCAUUUCUAGGAGGAAUAUUCAUUGACAAAUACAUUGAUACAAUCUCCACCAUGGAUCCAGAUUCGGCUUGUACGACAAUACACAUGUGUUCGUGAAAAUAGAUACGACCAUCUUAAAUAUAUAAAAGAAGAUUUCAGUUUAAUUUUAUUACGUUAAAUUAAUUACUUUAUGUUUACCAAUUUAAUACAUAAUUUAAACAAAGUUUUGAAAGUUCUUUUUUAAAUCUAUAUCUAUAUCUAUAUAUAUGAAGUGUUAAAAUAGAAUGUAGAAAUUAUUGGUUAAGUGAACAUAGUGAACAGAACUGACCACAUAAAUUUUUCAUCUUAACUGACUUUACCAGAAAAAAAUCAAAUGAAAUCAAAUAUCAUUUGGAAAUAAAAUCAUGGAUAGUGAAUUUCAAGCUAGUUAUAUAAAGAUAUAUUAAGAG